ACACAUUGGUCAUUUAUUGACUUACAUAUAAAAUAAAGGACAGUAUUAAAAAUGAAAAUAAAUUGAAAAUUAUGGCCUUGACCUACCCUCUCUUUCAUGUACACUGAAUUUUAACUAGAAUCUUCCAUUUCAGUAUUUCACUCUCGCUCUCUCUCUCCCUCUCCCUCAGCUCUAUUACUUCAAUCAGGGGUGCUCUGAGAUCACAUAAGUAGAUAACAAUGGUGAAGGCUGUCGUAGUUCUUAACAGCAGCGAGGGUGUGAGUGGCACCGUCAGCUUCACUCAGGAGGGAGAUGGUCCAACAACCGUGACUGGAAACGUUUCUGGUCUUAAGCCUGGACUCCAUGGCUUUCACGUGCAUGCCCUUGGUGACACCACCAAUGGUUGCAUGUCAACUGGACCUCACUUCAAUCCUGCUGGCAAAGAGCAUGGUGCUCCUGAAGAUGAUAAUCGCCAUGCUGGUGACCUUGGGAACAUCACAGUUGGAGAAGAUGGCAAAGCAUCUUUCACCAUUGUUGACAAGCAGAUCCCACUGAGUGGACCACAUUCCAUCAUUGGAAGAGCUGUUGUUGUUCAUGGUGAUCCUGAUGAUCUUGGAAAAGGUGGACAUGAAUUGAGCAAGAGCACUGGCAAUGCUGGCGGUAGAAUUGCUUGUGGUAUCAUUGGCCUUCAGGGUUGAACUGAGCAAACUUGGUGGUGCACUCUACUUACUCAUGGCUUGCGCGCUUUCCUGCAGUUACUUGUGAGAAAUACACUCUAUGUCAACUUUUGAAUAAAUGUUUCUUGUUAGGUUGGAUUGAAUUUCAUCUAUGAUGUUUUGUACUUCAAUUUGAUCAAGAAAUGCUGUGGUAUUGAGUGGCCUAUAAAAAUUUGAUCUUCGUUGCA